UGCUCAGAGUCGUGCCCUAGCGCGAAUAGGUUCCUAGCCGCCGCCGACACUACUGCCGGCCCUCCGCCGCGGCGCGUCCAGCCGGCGGAAUCCUCCGCUGCCCCGACGCCGGUACAGGAUCCCAGCAGCGCCUCCCUCCGUCGAGCAGCCGCUCCCACCAGCAGCGUCACCCUCCCUGCACCAGCCGCUCCCGCCCAGCAACGCCGGCGACCAGUCCACAGGCAGGAGAGAGGUGUCUUGUGGUGAUGGCCAAUAGCAAGUAUGAGUAUGUGAAGAGGGAGUUCGAGUUCCAACGCCACCUCCCGGCCUCCAACUGGAUCGUUGUCCGCAUCGAUGGCUGCCAUUUCCACCGAUUCUCGGAGUUGCAUGCCUUUGAGAAACCAAAUGACGAGAAUGCUUUGAGAUUGAUGAACGCCUGUGCCACUCAUAUGCUCGAGAAAUUCCCUGACAUAGUGUUUGCUUAUGGUGUUAGUGAUGAAUACAGUUUUGUUUUCAGAGAGAAAACCGAAUUCUAUAAAAGGCGGGAAAGCAAAAUUCUCUCCUUAUGUGUUUCUUACUUCACAUCUGUGUACGUGAUGAAGUGGAAAGAUUUCUUUCCAAAUAAUGAUUUGAAGGAGCCUCCAUAUUUUGAUGGGCGAGUUGUAUGCUAUCCAAACAUAAAUACUAUUCGUGAUUAUUUGGCAUGGAGGCAAGUGGACUGUAAUGGAAUUCACUCUAUAAAUAAUCAGUACAAUGCAUGCUUCUGGGCGUUGGUGAAGUCUGGAAAAACUGAAAAAGAGGCACAUCAAGCAUUGAAGGGAACAUUUUCUAAGGACAAGAACAAGUUGCUUUUGCAACAGUUUCAGGUCAACUAUAAUGAUGAACCAGCUGUGUUUCGGAAAGGAUCUAGUGUUUAUCGAGAUAAGGUCAAAACAGAAGACUAUGGGAAUCCCAUAAAAAGAACCCGUGAGGCAAUCACAGUAUCAAAUUUUGAUCUCAUAGGUCCUGAGUUCUGGGAAACCCAUCAAUACAUUCUUGGAGAAGCAUCAGACUACCUGUGUGUUGGGGGGAAAGAAAAAUAUGGAUAUGAGUAUGUGAAGAAGUUCGACAACAUCCAUAAGCUUCCAUGUUCUAAUUGGACCAUUGUUCGUAUUAGCGCCUGCCAAUUUGAUCAAUUCUCACUGAUCCAUUCAUUUGACAAGCCAAAUGAUGAGACUGCUUUAAGGCUGAUGAACGCUUGUGCUUCACUGAUGAUGGAGCAAUUUCCUGAUAUUAUCUUUGGCUAUGGUUUUGACAAUGAGUACAGCUUUGUGUUCCAGGAGAAGACUGAAUUGUACCAAAGAGAUGAGAGAUUAAUCAUUUCUUCAUGUUUAUCAUGUUUCACUUCCUUUUACAUGAUGAAGUGGAAAGAAUAUUUCCCCAGUAAAGAACUAGUGCAGCCACCACACUUCCAAGUAGAAGUUUUCUGUAACCUAGAACCAAGGAUCGUUUGUGAUUAUUUGUCCCAGAGGCAAUCAGAAUGUCACAACAGAAAUCAAUACGCGACAUGCUUUUGGAUGUUAGUGAAAUCUGGAGAAGACGAAAACAAAGCUAAGGAGAUACUGAAGGACACAUUACCAAAGGACAAGAAUGAGUUACUUUUCCAGCGAUUUCAAAUGAACUACAACAAUGAACCGGCUAUGUUUCGAAAGGGUUCAUGUGCUUACCGUCAAAAGGUGGAAGCCAGUGAAGAUGAGCGGUGGGAUGUGGCGGUGGCCCACGUAGACAUGGGGCCACACUUUUGGACAACGCAUUCUCAUGUUUUCAACAGAAGAUGAUGAUCCUUAUGUAUUCUAUAGGUUGAUUAGUAUGUGCCAUAUUAUCCUCGUUUCUCUGAUGCAUAUGGUUGCAUUCUUUGUAAAGAAAUUCACAAAGCGAAUAUUGAUAGGUUGAAGGUUGCUAUCUUUGCUAGAAAGACAAAGGGAGUUUUGGUAAUCUAGACCGGAACAAGCAGAACAUUUUUUGAA